AUGAAGACCUUUGCCGUCGCCGCCGCCCUGGCCUCGGCAUUCGCCGCCGUCCAGGCCUUUGAGGUCAGCUUCCCCAACGACAACGGCGGCUACUGGGUGACCAACUACACCAACACCCUUAACUGGAAAGCCAACUCGAGCGACGCCAGCUUCUUCUCCGUCCAGCUGCUCAACUCGAACAACAGCCAGCUCAACGGCAACUUCCAAAUUGGCAAUGCCCUGACGACUGCCAACGGCUCGUCGCAGAUCUUCAUUGAUCAGAUCCCGACCGGCACCUACAAGCUGCUCUUUGUCAACUCGUCCAACUACGAGCUCGAUCGCCCGCAGGUCUACUUUGAGUCGACGUCGUUCGAGAUCAAGCCCAACGGCACCACGCCUGCCCAGGUGACGGCCAACACCAACGCGGACCCCAACAGCCAGGCCGACAAGCCGGCCACGGGCUCUGCGUCGGCCACGCUGUCGUCUGCCUCGAACACGGCGUCGGCCAAGCCGUCGUCGAACAACAGCAACGGCGCCUCGAGCACCGGCGGAGGCAUGGCGGCCGCCGUCUACGGCACCCUUCUGGCGGCGAGCCUCGGACUCGGCCUGGGUCUGGUGGCAUGA